AUGCGCGUCUCAGCACCUCUUUUCUGCUUCAGCGUAGCUGCGCUUGCGAUGACUGCCAGUAUCGCCGCCGUGCCAGCGAGCCUGGCUGCGCGGCGUGUCAGCGGCUCCCCUCCUCGCUUUGCAGGCGAGCUUGACGGUCAAGAUUCUGCGUUGGAAAAGAGGAUGGAGAAGAGUCUUUCAGAAAAGCUUUCAGAUUGGUUGGCCCAUUCUCCUCCCGUCAAAGAGAUGGAGGCCCUUGCCCUCAUGGUCAAGAUCCACAGCCUCCAGGAACAGAUUGAGCACUUGUCCAUCAGCGCCAGCACGAGCCAGCAGCCAAGCACCAGCACGAGCCAGCAUCCUAGCACCAGCACUAGCAAAGACUCUGAGCUGAAGAGCUUGACGAAUGCGCGAGACCUGCAUGAGGAGAAGCUAAUCCGCACUCUCGCGGCAGACCACACCAUCGCACUCAAGGAUUGUCUUGCAGAAGACGAAACCAAAGUGGAAUGGAGUGACUCGUGUUUCAUGGCUCUGCAGAAAGUGUAUCAUCAUCUCGAGGCACCCUUGCGCAAGACGGCGGAGCGCGCUCGCAAAGGAGACCUUAGUGGCCCCGAAGAGCAGAGGAUGAUGACUGUUGUCGAACAGUACGCGCAGAAGCUACGACAGCUAAAGAACGAUGUGCGGCGUCUAAUCCCCGGAAUAGAUUCAGAUCCAGACAAAGACUUGGACUAA